GCUCGAGCGCCCCGCGGCCCGCCAGCCCCCCCCUCGCAGCACGUUUUGCAAGCCGAGGCAGCCGCUGGCAGCCCAGCACACCGCUCGGGAUGCAGGCCUCCCUCGUGAAGUACAACACCCCCAACCUCAUCAACACCACAGGCGGCGCCAAGGGCAAGAAGGAUAAGGACAAGAGGGCCAAGGAAGCGCAGCCGGCCAUGUCGCAGACCGAGGACAUCCUGAACUCCAUCCUGCCGCCCCGCGAGUGGACGCAGGAGGACCAGCUGUGGGUGCAGUACGUGUCGAGCACCCCGGCCACCCGGGCGGACGUGAUCAACCUGCAGGAGGACCUGGACAAGUGGCUGCAGCAGCGGCAGGCCCGCGAGACGGGCAUCUGCCCCAUCCGGGAGGAGCUCUACGCGCAGUGCUUCGACGAGCUCAUCCGGCAGGUCACCAUCAUCUGCGCCGAGCGCGGCCUGCUGCUGCUCCGCGUCCGCGACGAGAUCCGGAUGACCAUCUGUGCCUACCAGAGCCUCUACGAGUCGUCCAUCGCCUUCGGCAUGCGAAAGGCGCUCCAGGCGGAGCAGCGUCGCAACCAGCACACCAAGAAGACGAAGGACCUGACGCAGGCCAACAAGAAGCUUAAGGAGGAGGUCGAGGACCUGGAGACCAAGAUAGAGAUGAUCGAGAAGCAGGAGGCCGAGCGGCGCGAGCAGGAGGAGAAGAAGCACAAGGAGGAGGCGGAUCUGCUGAAGAAGAUGAACGCACAACGCAAGGAGCAGCUCGAGGCGAUGCUCCAGGCCCCCAAGAAGUGAGGCACCGACGCGGCUACAUCUCGUGCAUGGCAGUCCUGAGCUUCAUACGCCUUCCUCCGCAUCCUGCUCGUGACUGUUUCUGCGUUCUCCCAUGCGUGUGUAACCUCCAUUUUCUCCCCCCG